AUGCCGACUUCGAAAUUGACCGUGUCAUCUGUCCACAGCAAAAUCUGCGCACCAGAGAAUGUCGAAGAACUCUCAGCCAUCUCAUACGCCUACAACUGGCUCGUCGAUGCUCCCACGCUCUACUUGACGAGUCCUCCCCCAGCAAUCACCGAAUAUCAAGAACUCGUACAGCCUGGUACCCCAUCAUCGAACGGCAAACAAAAGACCGGUGAUAUAAACGCAUUCGACGUCUUCCCUCGGGCAGCAGGUCUGCCAUGGCCAACGGGUUUCCCCUCAGUACGACAAAGUCGACACUGGAAGGCUGGAUUGAAGAUCUCUUCCGAAUUGCUCGAGCUCUUCAGCACGGACGCCACCAUGUUCAAGGCGGUCCGACCGAACGGCAGAUCCCUGGCGAAGAUUGCGGGACAUGAGCUGCAGCUGCCGGCGGAAGACCGUUUUACCAAGUUUGCAACGUAUUUGUUCCCUGAGGCGGAUAAAGAACGGACGCGGCUACUAGCGGCGACAAUUGUGUUUAUCGUCAUUUUCGAUGACUCGUGGGAGAUGCAUAGCGAGGAUCAGCUUGCAAUUGUCCGUGAUGACUUUAUCCGACGUCUCGAGUGCAGUGGGGAUGGAGAGGUGGAGAAAACUGGACUCCAAUCACUAAUCGGUUACGUCGUGAACGGAUUGAAGAAACAUGACACAAUCGCCGGCAAUGCAGGACAGGAAGUAAUCGACAGGCUCGUCGAUUUCUGCCGCCAUGUGCCGCCGCAAUCCAACUUCAGCAGUCUGGCGGACUACCUCUCAUACCGUAACAUCGACGCCGGUGUUCCAUACAUCCUGGCUUGCGUCAAAUUCUCCCUCGAGUCGGACGUAUGCAUUGAGGAUCCCAAGAUGGCUACCAUACUACGUCUGAUCAGUGAUCACGUGUCGCUCGUCAACGACCUGGCGUCCUUUGACAAAGAGCUACGAGCAUUUGAGGAAGGCAAAGUCUUCUACAUGAUCAACGCCGUCGACAUUGUACGUAAGCUAUUCGGCUUGUCCAGCUGGCCGUCAGCCAAAGCCAUUACCUACACCAUGCAGCUGGAAGUGGAGGCACAGAUGGAAGACGAGCUAGCGAGGCUCGCGCGGGAAGAUUGUCUCAGCGCCAAGGAAGAGCAGUUUGUCAGUGCGGCAUUGACCAUGGCGGCGGGUAAUUUGUUUUACUCAGUGGUGACAUCGAGAUAUGGCGGUGAAGCUUGCAGGAUUGCCGCGUAG